AUGUCGGCCAUGCAGUCCCGAGCCGUAGCAACCCAGAAGACGUCGCUCGCUGAUGGCAACGAGAUCCUAGCCAGCCAGCGCCUCAGGCGCCCCGUCUCCCCGCACCUCGAGAUCUACGACUUCCAGCAGACCUACCUUACGGGCUCCAUCUGGCAGCGCUUCACGGGUGGCGCUCUGUCUGGGGCCCUCUACGUCUAUGCCACUGCCUACCUCGCCGCUCCCCUGCUGGGCUGGCACCUCGAGUCUGCCAGUAUUGCCGCUGCCUUUGCCGAGCUACCCGCCGUUGUCAAGGGUGGCGUCAAGUUUGCGAUGGCCUGGCCGCUCGUCUACCACUCGCUCAACGGCGUGCGGCAUCUGCUCUACGACUGGACGAUCGGCUUCAACAGGAAGCACGUCCUGAAGAAGGGGUGGGAGUGGGGCAUCGCCAAGAUCUACAUUCCCCCAUUCCCCCCCUCUCGCGACGUGCCCGCUGCUGCUUUUAGGACUUUUGGCCUUGACGACCAAAUCAUUUCUCUCUCUAUGUUGCCUGCUUUGCCGGCCGCCAGUGAUCGCUCUGCCUCGUUGGGACUGUUGAAUCUCUACGGCGUUCUAGGGGAGGACCCCCCCUUUGCCCUUGAAGGUGCUGCUGAUGUCCGAAGCAUGAUGAACGGUGAAGACCGCGCCAGCUGGGAUGACGAGCCUGGCCAUCACCGCUCGGGUGCUGGUGUCGAUCAGUGUGCUAGGCUUACCCAGAUGCGCUCCCUCGCUUGUCCAUCCAUCACCAGCAGCCUCCCGUUUACCCUCUUUCAGACCAAGCUGAACUUGCUUGAGACCCCGGAACCUUACGAUUCGGCGAUACACAACUACAACACGCUGGCACAACUGGCCGGCAACUCGUGGCUUGACAUCCACGUCCGCCAUGGCCACCCUGCGGCCGCCGGCGAGUAUCCGCGCCUCUCCGACUGCCGUUCUGCUUCUCGAGAGCACCUGCCAGCAACCGCAGGGCAUGAGGCGGUGUUCCGGGCCUAUCUCUUUCGCACACAGGAGCUCAGAAUUACCAUCUGGCUCAGGAGCAAAACUGAACGGGGCUGGUCAGACGGCUGGAUGCAUCACAAGCCCUUUCCUUUCCGGUGCGUCGAGAGACUGUAUACGGACAAGGAACUCAUUCACCUCAACCGUGGCGUCUCGAUCACCCUGAGAUGCCCUGUCAUGGCCAGCCACCAAUCAAUCUCGGAUAUUGAUCGCAGCCCGGUCAAUGAUAUUGCCCAAACUUUGCUUGCCUUUACAAGGGCUAUCGACUUAUACCCAGGGAUUACCACCUACGCCGUCAUCCCUCUCCAGCACGCCUUGCUCUCCCCGGGCAAGGGACUCGGAAAAAAUCAAGGCACGGAACAUUCCGAGGCACCAAGACUGGCCUCUCUAGAGGAAACAGAUCUCUUAGGAUUCAGCGAUCGUCCGCAACCACUGGAGGCUCCACGAGCGCGUUCCGUUGUCGAGAGCUCUAUGCGGCUUCAGCUUGGGACAGAAUUCUUAGGAGACAAGGACGAUCGACAGUCGGGCCCCGUCCAUACUGAACUGACCAGAGGCACUGAUUGGGUUUCGACCAACGUAGCAGCCGACCAGGUCACUACCACAACUCAACUCUCUCUUCAGCAUCCAAAUGGGACUUCUGUUACAGAUCGCGACCGAAGCUUCCCACGUGAUAAGCCAGCCAAAAGCUGCUCCGGUACCUCUCCACUGCUAAGCCGGCUUCCUCUCACCCAUGGCUCAGAAAUGAUAUCGUCAUGCGAGCCGUAUCCGCAGAAGGAUGUCAGGUCCUUGGGGCCCUCGGACGUACCUGUAUUGCCAGCUCCAGAACCAUCAGCGCGGUUCCCUGACUUCCCCAGGCCCGAUCAAGACAAUAGGACUGCGAUUUCCCAAUCUCCGCAGCCCGCCCUCCCAGUGUCGUUUCGUGUGGUGCAGGAGCCGGAGGAAGACCCUAGGCGACAGUUGGAGAAGGGCAAAAGAAAAUGUUGCAGAGCCGGUGAAGAAGACGCGAUCUCGGUACCUGGCGACCCGGACGCGACAUUUCGGCCACAGCAAGGUAGAUGUCGGUCAGACAUACCAGAAUCAACGCUCCGGCAGCAGAUGUCAUACGCUCAGGUGGUCGCUUUAUCCAAAACCCCAGUCUUGCCCCCAAAACCAGCCCAAGGCGUUCUCGUGAUACAAGGCGAUACAUAUGCCAUUCCUUUUCCACCGGACUUUUCAGAGUCGUCCCUCCCCAUGGAAGAUCUCCCCUCGCUCCCGACGGUGAAGAUACCCCCUCCCUGUUCUCUACUAGAAACUUCAGCAUCUUGGUCAAGACAUCCGCCGGCUCCUGCGUCUGAAGGCGGGAGAAAUACCCCGGGUCCCCCGGUAGAGACUGCUUCAGUAAACCUCGGACGACCGCCGCGGGAAAUAAGGGAUGAUGCAGUUAUUGCCAACCUGCCAGUAAAACAGCCAGCCCUUGAAGGGUCACACGGACGUAUGCAACCGGCGCAGGAGAAAGGCAGUGCUGGUUCACCUCCACAACCCCGGCACAGGGAGAAGUCUGGGCCGGUCGCAAAUAAUCACCCCGACCCCGAAUCAAGGCCCCUUUCACCACACUUAUGCCACGAGAAGAACCAGUCACUUCUAAAAGAGGACAAGGGAGCGGCAAGCGGCAUGCCGAGGGUGUACUCUGCUGUUUUAGCACAGGCACCGGUCUCUGACGCAGAGAGCAUUCCUUUCAAGGCAGUAGGGCAUUCACAGAAGCAUCUGGAAGCCGGCUUUGCACGUCCUGGCUUCUCUACUUCUCCCACGCCUUCCCGGACACCACGCUUCAAUGGGCGAAAGGCACCAGAGAAGCCCCCAUCAGGAAUGAAUGGUUCGGUCGGCGGUCAUCCUUCAACUCAGCCGGAUGCUGCUUCAUGGACGGCGGGCCUCACAGACAUGCCCCUAUCGCAGCACCUUUGCCAAGUCACAUGCGAGAAGAGGACGACUUCGCAACGAAAAGGCGGAGGCGAGUCUCGUGUUCUCAGUGCGCCGGCUCCAAACACCGGUGGCGGUUUAGAGAGCUUACAUGUUCCGGCUGGUUCUCCGACUGAGGAGCCGGCGCGACAAACGCAGAGUCCGACAUCACUUGACGCGCAGCCUAAUGCUGUACCAGUACCAGACCUGGGCCCUUCCAAAGCGAAAGAUGAGCUGCCCGUAGAGACGCCCAAGCAGACUGCUCAGGUACCUCAGCUUCCCGUAGCUAUCACACAAGGGGAUGUUGGUACACACCGCCAUGGAAAGAAAAAGACAAAGAAGAAACAGAAACCCCCGCAUCAAAAAGUCUCGCCGACUGUGUGCAGAGAGCUCAGGCGAAAGUGGCGCUCAACCUCGGCGCACAGGAUUGAAAGCUCGUCUAGCGCAGCACAUACAGUGAUGACUCCGGCGGACGACGAAGACCAAGACGAGCCAGCCUUUCCUGAUGAGCAGUCUUUAUCCACAAUAUUGAUUCACCAGAUCGAGCCUCAUUUUGCGGAAUACGGCGAUGGGAAGAGGUGGCAGGGAAGAAACCUGCCACACAACGACUUCGCAGAGCUACUUAAGGAAUUAGAUGAAAGAAGGAAGAUUGAUGGCGAGGUAUGCGACCUCUGGAUGAAAGGGGGUGAAGCUGUGGCAGAGCAGAUGAAUCGCAGAAAGUCGAGCCGAUGGCUCAAAAGAUCGCUUGUCGAAUCUGUGGGCAGGCAAGGUGAGUCGCGAUGCACCGCCCUGGAAGCCAUGAGGAGAGAGAACCUGAAGUUGCUCCUACGGAAUGAAGAGGAGGAUCGGUCCUGA